AUGAUUCUUUCUGCCAUCACCACGAAAGAAAAAUCAAAAUCCAUUGCUAUGAACAAGGAAAGCACCUCAAAAACAAAGGUGGCCAAUCCCAAAUCCGGAAAAGAUCGCCAUUCAAAGGUGAAUGGCAGAGACCGUCGUAUUCGCCUGCCAGUUAUCUGUGCUGCCAGGGUAUUUCAGUUGACUCAGGAGCUUGGUAAUAAGACUGAUGGUGAGACCAUCGAGUGGCUUCUACGCGUGGCUGAGCCAACCAUCAUUGCAGUCACAGGAAAUGGUGUUGGUACGAGCAAUAUUAAUCCUGAUUGUGCUCCUGCUGCGAGUGUCAACACAACACCAGUUCCAUACUCUCUUGGCCUGCAUCCAUUAGGUUCUUCGGGGAUUUCGAGUCCCUUUAAAUAUCCUUCUGAUCCAAGAUCUAUGGAACCAACUCAAACUCAAGGCUUGCUUUUUAAGAACUGUGAGGUUUCUGGGAAUGAACCACAGACAUUCCCUCUUGGUUUUGAAAGUCUGGAAACUAAUUUUGACAAUGGAAUUUCCUGUCAAUAA